CAGAGUGCAGCGCGGCGGCUGAGCAUGCGCUCCGCUUUGUGACUUUAGUGUAAGCAGAGGGAGGAAAAAUAAUGAAGGAAAUAAAUUAGACUGUGUGUAGACUGGAAGCGCCGCGGUCCUCCUGAGGCUGGCUUUCCGGGAAGGGCUCUGCUGAUAUAGGAAGCACUGCACGGCGAAGCGUCACCCCUUUAGAAAUGUCCAUUUUAAUAUCCCCAGUCUUGCCAAAGGCUACUACUGAAUUGCUGGUGGGAAGAGACGUAAAAGAUUUAAUGUCUGCCCUGGAGCAAAUGUUUGCAGAGUUUGCCAGAGUGAAAGCAGAAGUGGCAUGCAUUGCAGUAUAUGAUUCAGAAGCCCUUAUAGCUGGUAGCAAAAAAGGAAAAAGCUUCUUGGAGGUUAGAAACGAUUUCCAGACAGAUUUCAUUCAGUACUGCAAUAUGGAGAAAAAGUGUGUUUCAGAACCUGUAACUAAGAGAUCUAAAUUAAAAUCUGAGCAUUCGAAUGUUGAAUAUCUCUGGAAAGAGGUGGAGGAUUUGUUCUGUGUAUGCUACGGUAAAGCUUUAGGAACAUCCGGUCCAGUGCCUAUCCCUUAUGAAUUGUUAACUAGAGACCCCACUGCUGUUACAGUCUGUGGACUUCCAGAAGAAAUAUCGGUCAACGAGCCAUCCAUGUAUGAUAUUCAGACAAUACAUCUGAUCUUGGAUAACAAAUCCAACAUAUAUUUUAAUAUUAGAAGACCCUUUCCCUAUGGGAAUAACUCAAAGAAUGAUGACCUUGCAGGUGACACACAAACCUCUAUCUUGGAAAGCUCUUACCCUGUUCAGGUGAAAACUGAGCCAAGCGAUGACUCUGAUAAUUCAUUUGAAUUAACUACAGUCAUAAUAAAAGAAGAGUCCAAUGAUCGAGAUUACUAUCAGUUCUGUUAUCAAGGUCAUGGGUAUGGUGAGGAUUCCAAUGAAGGAGCAGAUAUGGAACAUAGUGAAGGUGAUGAUUAUGGACCACCUCAUAAGAAGCAGAGGAGUGCCGGAACACAACCAGCCAAUCAACAAUGCAAGAGAAAAGCCAAAGAGUUCAACUUUGAAAAAUGGAAUGCCAGAAUUAAUGAACUGAGGAAACAGGUGGAAGAAUUGUUUGAAAAAAAAUACGCUGAAGCCAUAAAUGCAAGUGGUCCAAUAGCCGUUCCAUAUCACCUUUUCCAGUCUUAUUCAGAAGAUUUGUAUGUUGAAGGACUGCCAGAAGGCAUCCCAUUCAGAAGGCCAUCGACGUAUGGAAUUCCACGCCUCGAAAGGAUACUGUUGGCACGGGAAAGAAUUAAUUAUAUCAUCAAAAAACCUGAACUUCUGAACACUACAAAAGAAGCCUUGGCAGUUGACAAACUAAACACAGGAGUGAAAGAAGAGUGGUAUACAAGAAUUACAAAAUUAAGGAAAAUAGUUGACCAGCUGUUCAGUAAAAAGUUUGCUGAAGCUUUAGGAAAAACUGAGGUCAUGCCUGUACCUUAUCAGAAGUUUGAGGCUAAUCCAACAGAUAUGUAUGUAGAGGGAUUGCCAGAAAACAUACCUUUCAGAAGUCCUUCCUGGUACGGAAUUCCAAGACUGGAGAAGAUCAUUCAAGCUGCAAACAGGAUAAAAUUUAUUAUUAAAAAGCCAGAGCUGCUUACACAAUCAAAUACAGAACCAAACCGAGGAAAUGUGGGAGCUAAAGAAGACUGGAAUAUCAGAAUUACUAAACUAAGGAAACAAGUCGAGGAGAUAUUUAACACAAAGUUUGCACAGGCACUGGGACUUCCUGAACCUGUAAAAGUCCCUUAUCCAGUGUUUGAAUCCAAUCCAGAGGUCCUCUAUGUAGAAGGAUUGCCAGAGGGAAUUCCAUUCCGGAGUCCCACUUGGUUUGGGAUUCCUCGUCUGGAGAGGCUUGUAAGAGGAAGUGCCAAAAUCAAGUUCAUUGUGAAAAAACCUCAGCUUGUAGCACCCCAUAUACCUGCUGAACUUGCUAGUAAAAUUAAUGUUGAAGCUGUUCAGAUCUUGCCUGAAAAACAGGAUCCAGGGGAGGGUACAGAUGAAGAUAAAUCCCAAACAGUUGCAAGUCCUCCACCACCACAAACAAAUGGCUCUACGACUGUGACCUGCAAACAACGAGGAAAAGAAUUCUCAUUUGAGGCUUGGAAUGCUAAAAUCACAGAUUUGAAGCAAAAAGUUGAAGCACUCUUUGAUAAGAAAUGUGGAGAAGCAUUGGGAAUGAAAGAUCCAUUCAAAGUUCCAUUUGCCUUGUUUGAGUCCUAUCCAGAAGACUUCUAUGUGGAAGGUCUUCCAGAGGGGGUCCCAUUCCGCAGACCGUCCACUUUUGGCAUCCCUAGACUGGAGAAGAUUCUCAGAAAUCAAACCAAGAUUAAAUUUGUCAUCAAGAAACCAGAACUGUUUGAGGCUGCCGCUAAAGAUUCAUCAUUACAUUAUCCACAAAAAAGGAUACAAGUCCAAAACACUCCUACCACAGCAUCUGGACAUGAACAUCUUAAUAUCAUUCAGGUAUCUUUACCAGUUUGUAUUUCAGAUGGGGAUAACGAGAAAACAGGAAAAGUAGACAAAGCUCGCCAGUUGAGGGAACAAGUCAACGAACUGUUCAGCCGAAAAUUUGGUGAAGCCAUUGGAAUGAACUAUCCAGUGAAAGUCCCCUACAGAAAAAUUACUGCCAACCCAGGAUGUGUAGUAGUAGAUGGUAUGCCACCAGGUGUUACAUUCAAAGCCCCCAGUUACCUAGAAAUAAGCUCUAUGAGAAGAAUUCUGGACUCUGGAGAAUUCAUAAAAUUUACAGUUAUAAGGCCUUUUCCUGGAUUGGUGUUAAAUACUCAAGCACUGGAAGAGAGUGAAUCUUGGCCUUCUACAGAAACUAAACCACAAGAGGAAUUAAACAUAAAGGAGGAACCAGACUCAUAAAGCAGGACCAUUAAAAUUUCUAAGCUACAUGCUGUAAGAACCACAAGAAUGUGUAUUAUACUCAAAGCAUAGAAGUACCUUCUAUAUGGACCAUUUUUUAUAUGUUUUACAUAAAGAACAUCUAAUUUUUCUUGAAUGUUCUAUGAAUUGGUUAAUUUGUCUGUGAUGAACAGAUGGUAAUGUCGAAUAAUUAGGACAAUAAUUGGGGUAUUGGAAGAACUGCCAUAGCCCUCUAUAUGUACAUUACCAAAUAACUGAAUUCCUAAUGCACAUUGAAGACUAUGAUGGGACAGAAGAGGAACUCAUUUUAAGUGUGACGGGGAAAGAAGUUACUGAAAAAUGGUUAACCGGAAUUACACUGCAUGUUCUCUGGCCUUGUAAUCAUGCGAGUUGUGGUCCCAGCUGGAAGUCAGUAAUCGUACAACACUACUUCAAAUAAAAAAAAAAUAUUUGCAAAGUU